ACCUAGUGAAGGACCAUGAUGUCACAAAUGACCAGGCUUAAAUUUGGGCAUCUAGCAUGGCAUGCUGGUAGCUUUCAGUGUGUAAGCACAGAGCUCUUGGAGGAUUUUCCCUGGUUCAGGCAGCUGGGGCACCCAGGAGGUGUGCUUGUAGCAGUAGAGGUGGUCUUGGAGGGGAAACCUCACCCAGGGGAGCUGGGAAGGUUUCCUUCUUGGGGGACCUUGGCAUUGUUUCCACCCCUUGCUGGGCCAGCCGACUGUGGCCUCUCUCCCUCUUCUUGCGUGACAUCCACUGUUGCAGCGCUGGCAGGAUAUGGCAGGAGCGCUGAAGAAAGCAUGGGGGAGAGCACCUCUGCUGCAGGGGGUGGUGGCCCACGCCAGCCACCCCGGGCAGGGCCGCUGAAGGCAGCAGCCGGCUCCAAGUGCCCCAUCUGCCUGGGAGACGUGAAAAAGCCAGCCUACGUGGCCUACUGCAUGCACCAGUUCUGCUUUAGGUGCAUCCAGCAGUGGGCCAGGGGGCGAGACGACUGCCCCGUGUGCAGGCAGCCCGUGGAGGAGGUGCUGCACUCCGUGCGAGGGGACGAUGACUACCAGGUGUACGUGGCCGGCCUGCCCGCCCGCCUGCGCAGGAGGGCGGCCAUGGACAGGCCUCGCUGCCAGGCCCUGCAGCGGCGCUACAACCUGCGCAGGCGGCCCACCACCAACCCACCCGCGGCCGGCAGGAGCGAGCCCGGGGGGACUGAAAGGUCCCAGAGGCAGGAGGCAGCUGCAGGGCCCUCCGAUGCCCCAUCCCAGCCAGCUCCAGCUCCCAGUGCUUCUGAGGAACCAACCCCGCUGAGGGCAGGCGAGCGCACGGCUGCCCCUGAUGAUCCUCCAGACCCGCAAAACAGCAGAGCAUAGCUGCUGCCCCUCUACCAUUUGGAAUAAAGAGCUUGGUGAAUGAAAAGGAA